AUGAAAAACGAACAUAUCGUGGACGAACCAAUUAAUUUAAAAUUUUGCUACGGAAUUAAUACAUCAUACAGCAGUGUGCACGCAAUUAAAAAAAGAGAGGAAGAACAUUAUGAAAAACGUAAUGAAGCAACAGAAGAGGAGGAGGAAGGAACGGUAGAGGAAGAUAACCUGCUCAUCAUUUACAGCUCUGAUAAUAACAUUGUCAUGCUUGAUGAGAAAAAGCAAGUAUUAUUUAGAGGACAUUUUAAUAAAAUUACCAAAAUAAGUAAAAGUUAUAACAACAAUUUUAUCCUUUCUUGUGACAAAGGAAUAAAUUCUUUUAUUAUUUUAUGGAAGGUGAGUAACAAUUCUUUAGAUCCUAUUAAAAAAUUUUGUUUCAAUAAUUCUCAACAAGAUGACACAAGUAAAAAUAUGUUAAAACAAAAUUUAGACAAAAGCAUAUUGCAUGAUAACAACGAGAAGGAAACUGUUACUCAACAAAUAAAUGAAAGCGAUAUAAAUACCAUGGGCUACGAAUGUGUAGACAUAAGUUUUGAUAACAGGUAUAUAUGUGCAUUGACGGAAAAAAGAAUAUACAUUAAAUCCAGUGAAACAAUAAUGCAAAAAAAUGCACUUAAAAUGAACGAUAGUAGUGAUGGUACUGCCCCUGUUUCUUCCACCACUGCUACUACCUUCACCGCUGCCAUUGCCGCUACCACUACUGCAACUGCUAAUAAAAGGAACAACACCGGGGGCGUGUAUUUCCAAGAUGUUGUCAUAUUUGACAUUAAUGGAGGAGGAAACCACGUGAUUUGCACAGACAGAAUAUAUGGAAAAGAGGGACAAGGGAAUAUUCGAUUUAAUAAAAAAUAUGAAAUUGUUUCAAAUAGUAGUUCAAAAUUAUAUAUUUAUAAUUUUGAUAAAAAGAAUAGAACUAUUAAUCAUUACAGUCCGUCUUUAUAUAAAAGUAAUAAAAUACAUGAACAGUUCAUAUUUACCGAGACAUCCUUUUUAGAGAAUUCCACCACAUUAUUAACAGGAACGACAAAUGGCUAUUUGAUUAUAUGGGAUUACAGUUCAAUUUUUAUAAAUAAAACCAAGCAUAAUAUAAAACAAAGAGAAUAUCAAAAAUCGCUAGAAAUCAGAAAAAACAUACCAAUCAAUAUUGUGUUAAGUUAUGGUAAUUUCAUUAUUCUUGGUUUGAAUGAUGGCUGUGUGCAAGUAUUUGAUAAUGACCUCAAAUGUUAUGCAUGGUUUGAAAAUAAGAAAAUAGGUGCCAUCAAAUCCUUAUCCUUUGAAUACUCAAACUUUCAAGAGGAUUUCUUUACCUGGAACCCUUUUGUUUUAUUUACCGAUCAGAAUAUUAUUAGGAAAAUUUAUCCCAACAGUUUCCACAAUAGAGAAAAAUCGAUUGAUGACGCUGAGGGAGCACAAAUUGACACUUCCAAACUUAAUGAUAAUGGCAAUCACAUCCAAAAGAACGUCCGAAGAAAUAUCUCUAGGAACAGGUACAUGAAAGAUAACCAAACUAACGAGAUACUCCAAGAAAAGGAAAACAAAAACUUUUACAAGAUUGACAAGCAACAAGAAGACAAGGAACACCUGUUUGGUAAUGGUAAAGACUUAAAAAUGGAUGAUAAUAUAUGCAAUAUACAUAAAGAAAUUACAAUGAAUAAUUUAAAGAAAAAAAACAUGAACCAUUCAGGUAAAAAUAAAACGAUUCUCCAUUUCAACAGUUCGUGCAUCAAUUGUAUAUGUACAAACCCUGUAAGUAGUCAAAAUGUGAUAUAUAUAGGAAAUGAAAAUGGACUAAUUGAAGUUUUUGAUUUUGAUAAAAAUGAAAAAGUGAACACUCUGCAACUAGCAGAGAAGGAAAUAACAUCAAUGAUUUUUAGUAACAACGGGAAAAUAUUUUGCGUCGGGUGCAAAUGUGGGUAUAUUCAACUGAUGAACUCAAGUACCUUUCAAAUUUUCUUCAGUAGUAAAGACUUAAAAUAUGAAAUAUCGUAUUUGUGUUUUAGUGAAGAUGAUAAGAUACUAAUUUGUUCAUCGGUAAAUGCAAAUAUAAUUAUUUAUAGAAACCAGAUGGGAAGCAGUGAGAAGGGAAGCAGUGAGAAGGGAAGCAAUGAAAGGGGUGACGAUGAGAAUGGUAAUUAUAAUAGCGCUAAUUAUGAGAGGGUUAACGGUGAAAAGGACAACUUAAUAUGUGGAUAUUGGAAUUUCGCUUAUAAAAUUAUCAAUAGCAAUAAUAUUACAUUUAAUGAUUUAAAUAUAGUAAAAGAAGUACAUAACAAUAACCAAUAUAUUAUUAUAGCAAUAACAAAUAACAGAUUUAUAAUUUUUCAUCAUUACAAUUUUAAUGAAAAUAUUGUUUCAAUAUCAUAUUUGUCUAUAGAACAAGUGUAUACCCCAACUUGUCUAUCUGGAAACUUAUAUUAUUAUAAUAGGCAAAUAUUAUGCAUAUGUAAUGAGGCAUCUAAAAUUCGAUUUUUUGAUUUAGAAACAAAGAAAAUAAUUAAAACGAUACACCUCCCAUUUAGGGAUAAAAGGGUCAAACAUUUCUUACCACUUAUUGAUUUAAAUGAUGAAAAAAAUAGCUUCUCCCCAGAUACGCAUACACGUGAUACUACUACAAAUAGUACUAAGGAUACAACUAAAAAAGUAAAAAACGAUAUGGAUAGUAAAAAGAACAUUUUUCUAUUCAUUUUGAAUGAAAAAAUGAUUGUAUUUACACAAACACCAAUAGAUGCGAAUUGUUUCAGAUAUCUUGGUGUUAUUGUUUGCAGUGGGAAUAUAAAAAAUGUUAUUUCUAAAAAUAAAAAUGUGUUUAUACUCAGUAAUAAUAAAAUAUUUUACUAUAAUAUUAACUCUGAAAUAUUGAAAAAAAGUAUUCAAACACAAAAUAAUACCUUAGAAACAUUCAUUGAACAAAUAGGUGGGAAAAGAAGUAAAAUCUACAAUCAAAUUAUGGACUCUUUUUAUUAUUGUGAAAUUCAAAAAAAAAAGUACCAACAAAAAAAGCAAAAACAUGACAUAAAAAAGUUGCUCAAUAUUUUAUCUAUUGAGUAUAUUUUUGCUUCUAUCAAUAUUUUCCUUUCAAAAUUUGAAAUACAAAAUAUAAUACAGGAGUAUCACUUUUACUAUAAAUAUGUUCUUCAGUUAUUAAAACAAAAAGGAUCACAAGUAAAUGAAAUUUUUUCUGUUGAUGAUGUAAACCUUGUCAGUUACAAAUCAGACGGGGAUAUCCUCCUUCAGAAUGUAUUUUUCGCCGACUCAAGUACUCACAAAGAUGAACGAACAGAAUGCAAUGGACACUUAUUAAGCUACAGUCGAACACAGGAGAAGACCUCAAUCCAGGAUAUAAAAAUACUCAAUAGUUCGGAAGCAAACAACUAUCUUAAUAAAAAGACAAACACGGAGGUAAGAACUCAAGAAGACCCUAACGCUUUGGACAUUGUAGAAGACUGUGAAAAUAUAUACUUUAAUAUUAAUGCAUUUAUAUAUACCUAUUUUAAUUUUGCCAUAGAAGGCGAAAUAAAUUUUCAAAAAGUGAUAGAAGAUAUAGGAAACUACUACAAAGAGAAGAAUAUGAAAAAAUACAUUUCAUAUAACGACCUUAUGCAUAUGUUAAGAAAUUACGGAGAAAUAAUGGAUGAGAAUGAGUUCAAGAAAAUUUUUCAAAUAUUUACAAAAAAAGAAGAAUCUUUUAAUGCUGAGGACAUACUCGAUUUAGGCAUGUUAAAAAAAUUGUUGCAGUAG